AUGACACAGGCCCCUGAAAACGUCGAGAAAACCAGGUAUCUUUUAAAUUUUUCAGCUACUAUAGUGGUCACUAAAGCUUGAAAAAGUGGCCUCUAUAGGGGACAUGCUAGUUGUGAACUCUAUGCUAAGAAGCAUUGCCAUGGGAAAAACUGAAUAAAUAAGCGUUUUUGAAAUGAAAUUGAGAGGCUCCUACAGGGGCCACUUGAGCUUUAGAAGCUUAUGGGUCAGACCCUAAACCCCUAUAGGUAUCACUUUAAUUUUACCUCUAUAGGGGCCGCUUUUUCGGCCCCUAACCCCUAUAGGGACCCCUCUGAUAUUCCUAAGUUUUGGCGGUCAUUCAAACUAUUUGAUACGAUCAAUGAAAAUGAAUCCUAAUUUAUUAAGAAUUUUUAAGGGAAACCGGAAGUGAAGAUUCAACGUCACAAGCUUCUGACAAUGACAACUACUUGACAGUUCGGACCCUUCGAUCCGUUAAAAAGCUGGUCAGAAGUUUGCAAUUUUCUUUUUUGAAAAAAAAGCCAAGUUUUCAAAAAUUCAAAGUGUUUUUCUUCUACCAUUUGCUACGAAAGUUGUUAAGUAGUAAUGAAAUAGUUAGCGACCUUUGUAGGGCCUCCUCAAGGGGCCACCUUAAGAACCCCUAUAGGGGCCACUAACGCUUGCAAAAGUGGCCCCUAUAGGGGCAGGCUAAUCUAUAAUUGUUAUGAGCUCUAAGAGAAGAAGCAAUUCCAUGGGAAAAACUGAGAAAAAGCGUUUUUUGAAAGAAGUUGAACGGCCCCUAUAGGGUCCACUUGAGCUUUAGGGGAUAAGGGGACAGAUGCUAGACCCUUAUAGGGGCCACCUUGAUUUUAGAUAGACCCUUAUAGGGACCACUUGCUGAGGGGGCAGAUGCUCGACCUCUAUAGGGACCACUCUAGUUUUAACCCUAUAGGGUCCCCUUGAGCUUUAAGGAAUGAGGGGACAGACCCUGAACCCCUAUAGGGACCACCUGGAUUUUAGAAAGACCCCUAUAGGGUCCACUUGAGCUUUGGGAGCUAAGGAGUCAGACCCUGAACCACUACAGGGGACUCCUUAGUUUUACCUCUUUAGGGACCACUUUUUCGGUCCCUACAGUGGUGGUUUUCCUCCUAACCCCUAUAGGGACCACUCUGGCCUCUUCAGAACACUUCAAUCACCAGUUGAAAGACUUCCAAUUCCUCUAA